GUAAGAUUCAGUGCUAACAUAGACAUUAUAGGACGAAAAGAGGCCUGACAACUAAUUACCAAGGGAUUGAACAAUUAUAAUUUGGAGAAAAUGUGCCUGGUUCAUAGAGUACACCUAGGGAACCCCCUCAGGCCCGCUUUAAUUCCCAAACUACAUUUCCCAUAAUCCUUUACGCUCUGCCCUUCCUUGUUCGCGUCCAGUUUUGCAGUCCCGCGACACUUAGAAGGCGGAAGUGAAGCGGAAGCCAUUACUCUUGGGAGGAGAGUGCUGCUAUACACAUGGGAAGAGGAGUGGUCCACCGUGGCUUCUUACAAGCACUUGGUCCCCGCGGCCGAUCGGACUUUCCGUAUGAACUUGUCAUUCCCUCAACCGCAGCUUCCGUGACCUUUGCGUCCCAUGAUUCUACUGUCGGUGAUAUGUCUGCUCCAGGAGGCCCAUGAGAGAGAAAGUAGCUUCCUGCUCCCAGGCCCUGCUGUUCAGGCAGAUUUACUGUCAUUCUUGAAGAUGGCAGCUCUUGGCCUGGUUCCUACAUGUGCUAUGCCCAACCAGGAACCUGCCUAUAUCCAUGAGUCAGAAAUUCCUCUUUCUUCAAAAGACCAUUCCUGUCCCCAGGAUGUGGACCUGUUUGCAUGCAAUGGCCUGGAACCUCAUACAUCAACCAGUGUUGAACCACCUCAGGAAUCAGUGACUUUCCAGGAUGUUGCUGUAGACUUCACUGAGAAGGAGUGGCCCUUGCUGGACUCUACUCAGAGAAAACUGUACAAAGAUGUGAUGCUGGAGAACUAUAGCAACCUUGCUUCAGUGGGGUGCCAGGUGGGCAAACCCAGCCUCAUCUCCCACUUGGAGCAAGAAGAGGAACUGAGGACAGAGGAUCGGGAGCUUCACCGAGGCCCUUGUCCCGAUUGGGCGACGCCAUCUCAAACCAAAUGGUCAAUUCUUAUGGAAGAUAUUUUUGGGAAGGAAACAUCUAAUGGUGUGACAGUGGAAUCAGUGACUUUCCAGGAUGUUGCUGUAGACUUCACUGAGAAGGAGUGGCCCUUGCUGGACUCUACUCAGAGAAAACUGUACAAAGAUGUGAUGCUGGAGAACUAUAGCAACCUUGCUUCAGUGGGGUGCCAGGUGGGCAAACCCAGCCUCAUCUCCCACUUGGAGCAAGAAGAGGAACUGAGGACAGAGGAUCGGGAGCUUCACCGAGGCCCUUGUCCCGAUUGGGCGACGCCAUCUCAAACCAAAUGGUCAAUUCUUAUGGAAGAUAUUUUUGGGAAGGAAACAUCGAAUGGUGUGACAGUGGAAAGCAGUCAGCUUGGAGAGAAGUCCACGGAAUACACUAACCUGUUUGACGUCUUCAGCAUAGGCACUCAUCUCACUCAGCAGAUGGGAAGGCACACUGGCAAGAGACCGUAUCACCUCCGGGACUGUGGGGUGGCUUUCAGGAACAGGUCCCAUGUAACUCAACACGUGAGCAUUUACAACGGGAGGAAGAUGCACGAAUGUCAUCAGUGUCAGAAAGCCUUCACCACAAGUGCUUCCCUCACACGGCACAGGAGAAUACAUACUGGGGAGAAGCCCUAUGAGUGCAGUGCUUGCGGGAAGGCUUUCAAUGAUCCCUCAGCCCUCAGGAGUCACGCAAGAACUCACCUCACAGAGAAGCCCUUUGACUGCAGUCAAUGUGGGAAUGCCUUCCGCACCCUCUCCUCCCUGAAGAUACACAUGAGAGUCCACACUGGGGAGCGGCCGUACAAGUGUGACGAGUGUGGGAAGGCUUAUGGCCGGAGCUGCCACCUCAUUGCCCACAGGAGAACACACACUGGGGAGAGACCCUACGAGUGUCAUGAUUGUGGCAAGGCUUUCCAGCACCCCUCCCAUCUCAAAGAGCAUGUCAGGAAUCACACUGGGGAGAAGCCCUACGAGUGCACGCAGUGUGGAAAAGCCUUCCGGUGGAAGUCAAACUUUAACUUGCACAAGAAGAACCACACAGUAGAGAAAAGCUACGAGUGUAAAGAGUGUGGGAAAUCUUUCGGGGACCUCCUGUCCCGGAGGAAACACAUGAGAAUUCACAUUGUUAAGAAGCCUGUUGAGUGCAGACAGUGCGGGAAGGCAUUCAGGAACCAGUCCAUCCUCAAGACGCACAUGAAUUCCCAUACUGGAGAGAAGCCGUAUGGAUGCGACCUCUGCGGGAAAGCCUUCAGUGCGAGCUCCAACCUAACUGCGCACAGAAAGAUCCACACCCAAGAGAGACGCUACGAGUGUGCUGCCUGCGGGAAGGUCUUCGGAGACUAUUUAUCCCGGAGGAGGCAUAUGAGCAUUCAUCUAGUGAAGAAGCGUGUUGAAUGCAGACAGUGUGGGAAAGCCUUCAGAAACCAGUCGACCCUCAAGACACACAUGAGAAGUCACACAGGAGAGAAGCCUUAUGAGUGUGACCACUGUGGGAAGGCCUUCAGCAUCGGCUCAAACCUCAAUGUACACAGGAGGAUACACACUGGGGAGAAGCCUUAUGAGUGCCUGGCCUGCGGGAAAGCCUUCAGUGACCAUUCGUCCCUCAGGAGCCAUGUGAAAACUCACCGGGGUGAGAAGCUCUUUGUGUCAUCGGUGUGGAAAAGGCUCCAGUGACACAUCUUUUUUAAAGAAAAACAUGAGAACUCAGAUUGACAGGGAACCUGGCAGGUGUCAGGAAGGCAGGAAGCUUUGAGGAACUCAUCUCACUGUUAACUUGGGAGAAAUCCAGUUCGUAUAAUAACUGGGGAAAGACUUGGGUUUUUCCACAUCACAUUGGAACUAUGUGAGAACUCAUAGUGGGUGAGAAAACGUGUAUCUGAGGUAUGAGGAAGCCAUCAGUUUACAUGUAGCUCUCAACAAACAGGAGAACUUGGAGAGGGAACCCCUAACCUGGUAUUUAAUGUCAGAAUGACUUUAGUACCACCUCGUACCUUCUGGGCACAAGAACAAGCUCAUCUUGGAGGAUCUCUGUAAAUUCCAUGACUGGACAAACCUUUCCUGGUCUGAUUGUAUCCCUCAUGAGAGAAAUCACACUAAAGAGAAAAAUCUAUGAAAUAAGGACCAUGGGGAAGCCAGUAAUAGGUUGGCAAGCUAUAGCCAGCUGUCUCUUUUCAUGCAGCUGGCAAGUUUAGAAUAGUGGUUGUGUUUUUAAAGAAGAAAAAUAUGUGACAGAGACCACUUUUGGCCCACAAAACCUAAAAUACUCAACUCUCUGGCCGUUUACAGAAAAAAAAUUGCCAGUUCUUUAUCUACAGCAGUGGGGAUAACUUUGCUCCCUGGGGGGGCACUUGGCAAAGUCUAGAGACAUAGUUGGUCUUUAAAAGUGGAGGGGGGUUGCCAUUGGCAUGUUUUGGAAGACACCAAGGAUGCUGCUAAAUAUCCUACAAUGCACAGGGGCUUUCCUCAAGAGGGAGAAAGUAUGUGCCCCAGAAUGUCAGUAUUGCUACGGUUGAGAAAUUUUAACCAACAGUUCCUCAUGUUUUUGUGAAACACGUGGGUACUCACAUUAUGAGAAAUUCCUAUUUACAGCUUCAAAACUAUACUCAGUGUAAUUCUUUUAGGAAUCACAUGAGAACCCACAUUGCAGACAAUCCCUCUGUGGAGUUUCAUCCACAGCCCUCUCACGUGUGUGUAUGAGAGUUCUCUCCCCAGUAGGAUUUCUCAGUAUGUGUGGAAUUACACUUAUCAGUUAGUCUUCUAUCACAAAAAUGGACCCCAGCUCAUUAAUUUUUCAGUCUUUAAUUUUAAGGUUAUGCUCUUGCAAAUAACCCUCACGCCUCAUCACAGAAGGUUUGUACAUAGUAAUUCUACUAUAAUUUCAUUUGUGAUAUGUGUUUAUUUCCUUUUGGACAACUUACUUUGAACAGUGGAGUUUUUUUUUUGUUUUGUUUUUUUAAGACUAGUGUCAUGUGCUGUGUAACAUGUGGGUAUUUUUAGUACCUAUUUGUUACAAAUAUCUAAUUCAAAUAAGUUGUGAUCAGAGCAGGAUGUGUUCAUCAAAUCGGUCCUUUGGAAUGUUUUUGGCCUCCUAUCCAGCCACAAGUAACCUAAACUUGUAGUUGCAUCUUCAGUAUCUUUUUCUUUCAUAUCAGAAAGAUCCAAGUUCUGAUUAGUAAGGUAUGCUAUUUUAGAAAAUCUCUUACAGGUUUUCCUGCAACUAGUAGAGUCCAUGUCCACAGCCUGGCCAUUGACAAAAAGGCAGAUGCCACAAUACAGGCUGUGAGAAAGCACUUGAGAAAGGGUCUGUCUUACCUGGAUUCUUCUCUACAUUUUUUUUCCCCUUAUUCUUCCCCUUACUUCGCACCUUGAGAAGAGAUCCAGUACCUAGUGUUAAAGAUCCAUGUUAUGACCAUGAGGAUGCAAGCCACAGGCUAAGCAAGAGGAGUAGGGCAGUUUACUGCAGAAAAAUCACGAUAAUCUUGGCUUCCUCGAUGGCCUCUUUGAGUGUCUGCACUAGCCCUGGAUUUGUUAUUUCCAGACUUACAUGAGAAAAAAUAAAACUGGUUAUUGGUUUAA